CGCUUCUCUGUCGAUGCAUGUCAAGCCUGAACGUCGUAAGCACCCGUCCUUCUAAUUUUUUAUACGCAAUCUCCACAUCACAUGCCUCAUACAUGAUUACUUUUGAUUCUCCGUUUAAAAGUUCAGCGUAUUAACUCCUCCUGUCAAACAAUCUCCCUCAGGAUCCAAGACUGAGUCCGAACCUCUUCAAGUCCUCAAACUUAUAUAAGCCAUCUGAGUGCGCUCAUGUCUCAUUCAGCAUCCCAGUGGGGUUCUCCUACCGCUACCAGGCGGGCCCUUCUUAUUCAUGGCAUGACUAUGUGCUCUAAGUCAUGGGAGGGUAUCGCUCAGUUGCUGGUAGCAGAAGGUUUCUUCGUUAUAGCACCAAAUCUCCUUGGGCAUGGAGGGAGAAAGUGCACCAACUAUCGGAUGUCCGAAUUUGCAGAAGAUCUCCGGCCAUAUUUUGCCAUGGACACGUCCUACGAUGUGAUCAUCAGUCAUUCUUUUGGAUGCUCAGUGAACAUGUUACUCUUGCCAUUCUUGCCCAAAACGAAAGAAACCACGGUCAUACUGGUUGAUCCCUCCAUCGAGAUUACAGAAGAGCAGGUCAAAAUGAAUCAGAAUCGGUUUGUAGAGUUGACGACGAAUGUCAAAACUGCGGAAGAGUACAUGGCUGAGAACCCUGCUUGGUCACGACUUGACUCCGUGUUAAGAGUGUUGGGACUUGCAAUGGUUGAUCCCAACACCGUCGAGGUUUUUAAGCGAAACAAAUCAUGGUCUAUUGCACUCACAAACAUACCACCUCAUGUCAAGAUCACCAUUCUGGCAUCAGAUCCGAACCUCGGCGCGAAUUGUGUCUUGGAACAGAUCCCUCGUGACGUUGAGAGAUUGAAUGUUAAACUUCUUCCCGACAUCGGUCACUGGAUUCAAUACGAGUGUCCGGAUGCUAUUAUGCAUGCAAUUCCCCUACCAAGAACAAAAUUGUAAGCUGUGUAGAGAAGGGAUGGUGUUCUGCAUCGUUACUUUUGUCUGUACUUCUUCCAGAGACCGGCAUGUGGUAAGAGC